AUGAGCGACGAACAAAUGAAAAAGUUGCAGGACAGCGGCUUGGUGGAUUGGCCCGUCUUCUCCGAGUUGGUGGCCAUGGAUGAAGACGAGGAGGGUUUCUCCAAAGGACUCUUUCAAACCUUCGUAGACCAGUUCAAAGACACAUAUAAAGAGCUUGACGAGAACGUCGAGCUGAAGGAUCUCGACAAACUAUCUUCGUUGGGCCACUAUCUCAAGGGCUCUGCAGCCGCCUUGGGCUUGGUGACCAUUGCCGAACAAUGCGAAAGAAUGCAAAACUAUGGCCAUAAAAUCAACUGUGAUGACUACAGUCUCGACUCUGACCUCUCUGAGAGUGACGGUGACGCAUAUUGGGUAUCCCUCGUAGAAGAUGCCAUGGCCAAGGCCAAGACAGCAUUUGAAGAAUCCAAGGAGGCUCUUAUCGAGUACUUUGGCGACUUUGAUGCCGAGGCUAGUGAAGACUGA